AAUCCUUUUUCGAAAUAUUUUAUUCUCUACUUGGAAGUUGGCACUUGAAACAGUGCCAGUUAUUACAAAAGUGGUCUGAACCAGAUGUGCAUAACGAUAUAGGCCGUUAGAUCAGUAUUUGACGGUUACGAUCAUCUUCUACUUUUUUGAGCGGGUGUCUAACACCGGAUUAUCAAUUAUCAACCGGAUAAUUAUCACGUGGCUUAAAGCUACGUGGACAAAUAUAAGCCGCAGAUUCUAAUCUAGUGGCUUAGAUCAACCCAAAACCACUGGUUCUUCUUUCUUCUUCCUCUCAUCUUCGCGCGCUUAGGCGACUUCACACCAACAAAGGCGAAAAUGCGAGUGUCAGUUUCAUCUCCGCCUCGUCUUCAAUCUCCGUUCAUUCACUCCCCCGUCAGUUACACUCGGUCUUCUUCCCGUCUCCGGUCGCCAGCUACAUGUUAUCCACGAAUCAAAGCAGAAGUCGACACGAACACGGUAAUCGCAAUCUCUGUAGGCGUGGCCAGCGUCGCAUUGGGCAUCGGAAUCCCUGUCUUCUACGAGACACAAAUCGACAAUGCCGCUAAGCGAGAGAAUACUCAACCUUGUUUUCCCUGCAAUGGAACCGGAGCUCAGAAAUGUAGAUUGUGUGUGGGCAGUGGUAACGUGACAGUAGAGCUUGGUGGAGGAGAGAAGGAAGUCUCCAACUGUAUCAACUGUGAUGGUGCUGGUUCCUUAACUUGCACUACUUGUCAAGGCUCUGGUCUUCAACCUCGUUACCUUGACCGAAGAGAGUUCAAGGACGACGACUAAACAUCUUUCACUAUAGAACCAUAUCAAAGAGUCUCUCUUUGUCUCUUCUUAUGUUUCUUCACUGGAAUGGACUCACAUUUGUACAAUACUGUUUUGUUUUGUUCACCAAACAUGUGAGAAAUCAUGACCUGGAUACUAAAACAGUUGAAAGGUAACAUGAUAGACCAACUUUUGUACCUUCAACUUACAGCUGAUACUAUUUUCCUCCUGAA